UCCGCCGCCGACCGCGCUCGCCUCAGCUCCGUGGAGGUGUGCGCUACCGGCCUUGGGAGGUCGCGAUGCCGAACGGCCCGACGGAGGCGCAGCCGGCGCGACCCGCCGGUCAGCAGCAGGGACAGGUCAAUGGACACGCGCUCGGGCUGCAGACGGAGACACAGCCGUACGUGGACAAGCAGGAGACGUUCGACCACUCGAAGACAUCGGAGAGGACUGCAAAUGGGCACCGGGACGCUGAGAUGACGGAGAAGAAGAGCCAGUCGACUGAGCAGACCGUUUCAAGAUCACCGGAAGUGACAAAGGUCAGGACGGUGGAGGAGCAAACGCAGCAGUCGAUAUCGAAGUCAUCCGAGACGUCAGCCAAAGGGCUUCCACCAGUGGCAUUGUCAGUGGAGUGCGCAUUUCCACAGCCUAGCGUGGCACUCAUGGAGGUAAGGCAACCUGCUCCUAUGCAGCAAUUGAGGACUGAGCUCAGUGAACAAAAAAUGUUUCAAACCAUGUCUGAAUCUUCGGAGACAUCAGGCCCAAGAUCGGCCCAAGCUCCGGCACUUGCAGUGUUCACUCCCGAAGUCAAUGGGGAAAGCAGCUGUAGGCAAGGGAUGCAAAGCCAGUUAAAAGAACAAGAAUACAUACAUGAGAAGUCGGAUCAUCGCGUCUCCGAUCAACCGCUGCCUAAAUCUCAUGACUUCUCAGCCAUUCUCCCCACUCUGCCUCCGCUCGCCGAGGCGUUUGAAGCUUUUCCGAAAUCCAUGCGACAGGGACAGCCGUAUGCCGACAGACAGGAGACUUUCAGCCAAUCCAAAACAUCGCAAAAAACUGAGCAUGGGACACAGGGAGUCAGAAACGGCAGAAAAGAAAAGUCAGAUCUUUGAGCAGUCUGCUACACCAACUAUGACGUCAUCAAAGACCGUCGAAGAAACUUCCUUCCAAACCACCUCCCACGAGACAUCAAACGAAAGGGCCCCUGAACUAUCAGGUUCCCUGCCAUUUUCUCGGCCUGAGGUACAUCCUCAGGUGACCUUCCAACGUCCAUCGUUUACUCAAGCUAGAACUGAGGCCACAGAACGGUCAUCAUUGGGUUCAAAGUCAAAUACGUUUUCAGUGGGAGCACCAGCGCCCUUGACGAAUCUGCAGCCUCCAUCACAGCCACAAGUGGACAAACAAGAGACGUUCAGCUACUCUAAAACCUCGGAAGCAACCGAUAAAGGACUUCGCGAGUCCGAGGUCACUGAGAAGAAGGGUCAAACGUUUGAGAAGUCUAUUUCAGAAACACCCGGAAUGACCGAAGUAAAGACCGUGGAGGAGCAGUCAAGUCAGCUAAUUUCGAAAUCAUCUGAGACAUCACAGGAUAGCGUGCUAGAAAGGAAGCCCAUGAUCCGUCCAUCUUCCCGCAUUCAAACUCCAGGAGACCAGCUUGACCAACUUACGCCAUUGCUGAAGAUGGAAACAAACAACACCAAUCAGCAAUCAAAGGAAGAAAAGCACAUUCAAACUACUUCGAAACUUGACGCUUUUACGAAAAGCCUGCUUGAAGGCCCGCCGACUUUGGUAGCUCCUCAAGCACCAUUUUCGCAUGCCGAUGUACCCCAAACUUUCUCAAAUUAUCAGCCCCAAGAACAGCCGUAUGUGGACAGGCAAGAGACUUUCAGCAAGUCGAAGACUUCAGAGAAAACUGAGCAAGGACUCAAGGAGUCUGAGACGACAGAGAAGAAAAGUCAGACAUUCCAGCAGUCUGCUACGCCGACCAUGACCUCUUCCAAGACCGUUGAGGAACAAUGCAUCCAAAAAACUUCCAUUGAGACGUCAGGAGAAAAACUUCCCCACGUUGCAACUCCUGUACCGCAGCUUUCUGCUCAGCCUGAGGCCAAGCCACAUAGUAUAUCCAGCCGAGCGACGAUGCCGCAAGUAAACACCGAAACUACCCAGCAGAUGUCGCUGGAAACAACUUCUGAGCGACAUGAAGCAUCUAAAUAUGCAGCGCCGCCGAAUCUGAAUGAAACACUCGUCCCACCGGUCCCUCUGGCGACUAGUGAAGUUCCCCAACAAAGGAGCGAGGUUCCUGAUCGACCUCAUUCUUUGGAGCGGAGUGUUCUGGAAACGGACUCAGAGCUGAAGACUUUCAGAACUUUGCCUCCGCGUGUCGGCCCCAAACCCUUUUCUUCAAAUCUUGCUUAUCCUGUGGGAACACCGGCCCCUUUUAAAAGGGUGCAGCCUUCAUUCCAGCCGUGUGUCGAUAAGGAAAGCCAGCAUAAGAUGGCAGAGAAGGCUUCUAUAGUUAUUGAUAAACACAACAUUACCGAAAGCCAUGCUCGGCCUUUCAAGCCGACUGUCCCCAGACCAUCAAAAAUGACAGAACCAAAAACUGUGAAGGAGCAAACAUACCAGUCAUCAUCAAAGACCUCAGAGACCUCUCAACAAAAAUAUCCAGAAGAGUAUCCAGUCACUCCGGAUAUGACGCCAGCUUAUGACUUCGUGCAGCCCGCCCCUGUGCCGCAAUCGACCACGGAAACUAGACAGCAGCAGAUGUCUCAGUCUAGGACUCAGUCUUUGGAGAGAACAAACCUAGGACCGGCACAGGUUCCAGUGCCUGAAGCCGUCCAUCCAGCUACCAUCGCAGGACGUGAUUAUCAGCAGCACGAGCGAGCCGAGUCGAAAGAGCAAAAGUCUGUGAGUGAGGUGUCAAAGCACCUGCUUGUUGAAAAGAGACAGCCUGAAUUCUUUUCCCGUCCAUCAGUUUCUCCUGCUCGGUUCGCACAUGUUGAGGCACCGCGGACUCUGCCGAAACAUGAACCACCAGCACAACCAUGCGUUGAGAAACAGAAAGAUUCGAGACAGUGCGAAACUACGCAGCAAACUGUGUAUGACCGCAAACUAUUGGAGGUGACGGGUGAGGCAGAUCAAACGUCUGGCCAGCCCGCUGUAUCGACCAUGGCUUCCUCCAAGACUGUCGAGGAAAUGUUGUCCAAGUCUCAUGGGUUUUCAAAGGACAGGCUUCCUCAGCCGCCAUUUUCUGUGCCCUAUCCAUUUUCUCAGCCUGAGACGCAGCCAUACGAGACAAUAGAGUUUUCGCCAUUGCCACAAGCGAAGACCAUCAACACGGAGCAGAUGUCCACGUCUUCAACGUCCGAAUCAAGCGUUCUGAGCCGGCAAGCGUCACCACAAGUUCCGGAGGCAAUGCCUCCCCGUGUUGCUGCCAAACCGCUUUCUUCAGGUCCUGCCCAUCCAGUGGGGAUACCGAAACUUGUGGCAGAUCUGCAUCCCUCCGCCCAGCCAUACGUGGACAAACAGGAAACGUUUAGUCACUCUAAAACCUCGGAGACAACCGAUAAAGGAUGUCGUCAGUCUGAGAUCGCUGAGAAAAAGGUCAGGCUGUCGAACACUUUGUGUCAACAACACCAGGAAAAACUGAAUCCAGGACUGUCGAGGAGCAGACGUUUCAAUCGAUUUCAAAAUCAUCUGAGACGUCUCAAGAAACAGUCCCAGAAAUUAUGCACCUUACGAGCCAGUUUCCUCAAAAAGCAGGACCAACAAAGGAGCCACAGAAACUGACACCACUGCUGCCAUCGGAAACAGCGGGGCAAAAAUAU